AUGCAUAGAACGAUUCAACAACGUGGUGCCUGCAAGGGGCAAAUAACGCGCACCCUCAACAGUGCUGUGGAGUUUUCACAAAGAUGUGAGAAUGUGGAAACAUUGCAAUUCAAGCUGGAGCGUUUGGUCGCCACUUUCAACCACUUUAUGGAGCUCUCAGAUGAGUUAGUGGAAUUUCACUUGGAGGAGGGAUAUGAAGACCCUGGAUUGGACAUACCCGAAUACGAAGACAAGUUCUACGCCGCGCAUGUUAUUUUUAGUAACGCCAUCAAGGACAUGGGAGGUCAGGAUCAUGGACAGGACCAGUCGAACAUUCUACUUUCAAGUACAGUGGAACGCCUAUUUGAGGGACAAAACAACCUUUUGGAGAAAAUUCAUACUUCAUCGGGAACUGCUGAUUUAAGGUUUGAGAAAAUUCGGAUUCCCACAUUUUCUGGUAAAUAUGAGGAUUGGAGCCAGUUUAGUGAUCUGUUCUUAAGCUCAGCACUGGAUGUAGUCAGCCGCCGCACCUUCGCCAAGGAUACAAAAUUAUGCUUCAACUGCUUGAGUCGAUCGCAUCAAGUCAGGGAUUGUAAUUCAUCGAACACUUGCCGUCAAUGCAACGCUAAGCAUCACACGUUAGUACACCCGAUUGAAGCAAGAUCGGUUCCUGUGGCACCUGCGCACUCGACUGCCGCUGAUACGAAUACUGCCGCUGUUAGCCAUCAUAUUUUGGAGAGGGCCAACAAUCCAGCCCUACUGCCAACUGUUGUCGCCAAUGUUAUUGACACAUGGGGAAACGAGACCUCGUCUCAGCAGGUCAAAUCAAAUGCAACUAUUUGGACCAAGAUUCGCAGCCUACCGCUAGCUGACCCGACGUUUGGAUCUCCGGGCAAAAUCGACGUUAUCUUAGGCGCUGAUCAGCUGUGGAACUUAUAUACUGGACAUCGCCGAGAGUUUGGUAUCGAAUACCCCAUCGCACUGCAUACUAAUUUUGGUUGGGUUAUUACAGGCAGCUACACUGAUGGUAACAAAGCAUCUACGCACGCACAAGUUCAUCACGCUUAUGAAGAUUUGGAUUCCUUAGUUCGCUCAUUUAUGGACAUGGAACAAGUGCAUCCGAGUAAAACAACGAUAGACGCCAGUGAUCCCGCCGAACAACAUUUUCUGAAAACACAUGCUCGUAGAGAAGAUGGUGUUUAUAUUGUUCAAUACCCAUUCAAGGAGCCCCGCACGCCAAUUGGCUCCACUUUGCCACAGGCUUUAAACCGCUUCGCCGCUUUGGAAAGGAAAUUUAGAAGAUUCCCCGCACUCAAACAACAAUAUGUGGAUUUCAUGGAUGAUUAUUUAAAUCGAGGACAUAUGGAAUUGAUUCCGGCUGCUGCAGGCGGUGAGGAUCCCGCACGCUACAACUAUUUGGCACACCAUGCAGUUUUUAAACCAGAUAGUACUACCACACGUUGCCGAGUGGUAUUUGACGGCUCUGGAAAGGAUUCCACGGGUCAUUCUCUUAAUUCGCGACUGCAUAUAGGACCGCCUAUUCAACGGGACUUAAUUGGAUUUGGAGGAAGGGAUGAAAACGCUACGCUGGAUCAUUAUCGACUGUUGACAGUAACAUAUGGAUUAUCUUCAUCGCCGUUUAUUGCAGUUCGAGUUCUUAAACAGCUCUCGAAUGACUAUGCCGAAUUGUAUCCCACCGCUGCUGUCGUGCUCAACAGAGACGCGUACGUUGAUGAUAUUCCUACUGGAUGCGACAACAUCAAGGAUCUCAUUGCACUCAAAGAUGAAUUGAUUCUGCUUCUUAGCGAAGCUCAAUUCAAAUUGCGAAAGUGGAGCUCAAACUGUUACGCCCUUUUAAAGUCGUUGCCAAAGGAGAUUUGUGAGUAUCCACCAGAGGAUUUAGAGGAAGACCGCUCAAUUCGAUUUGUUAAAGUCCUGGGAUUGUGUUGGGAACCAAAACCGGACUAUAUUUUCUUCAAAUUAGAAACCCCCGCAUUUACGACUGCUCUUACUAAACGCAUAUUGCUUUCAGAACUAGCCAAGAUCUACGACCCGCUGGGUUUGCUUUCGCCACCUGUUGUUUUUCUGAAGAUCCUAUUUCAAGAUAGUUGGCUAAGUUCUGUCGAUUGGAAUGAAGUACUACCGCAGCAAAUAUGUACACGAUGGCAACAGUUUGCAUCGGAAAUGCAUUUAUUGGAAACUUGUCGAGUUCCUCGCUACAUAUCUGCACCACAUCAAGAAAUGGAACUGCACGGAUUUGCUGAUGCAUCAUCUCAAGCGUAUGCUGCCGUCAUCUAUAGCCGCGUCGAAGUCAACAAUGGAUAUGCUGUCAAACUGAUUAUGGCUAAAACUCACGUAGCCCCUAUUAAGCCUAUCUCCAUUCCGCGACUAGAGUUAAACGCAGCUCAUUUACUCUCUAAACUGAUUUAUCUGGUCAAGCAAUCAUUAACUGUUCCUAUUUCCAGAAUUAAUUGUUGGUCAGACUCUGAAAUAGUCCUGCAUUGGCUAUCUUCUCUGCCUAGGACUUGGAACACCUAUGUUUGCAACCGCACUGCUGAAAUUCUAGAGGUUUGCCCACGCAGCUGCUGGCAACAUAUUCGAAGUGGUGAUAAUCCCGCAGACUGCGCAUCGCGAGGAGUACUGCCAAAGGACCUCGUGGAUCAUCAAAUAUGGUGGAAUGGACCACCUUGGCUAUCUCAGUCACGUUCAGCUUGGCCACCUGUUAAAGCUAAGUUUGUUCUGUCGACAGAAGAAGAGGCCUGCCUAGAGAUGAAGGCUGAAACGAAAGUUAAUCUACACAUUUCCGACGACGGAAAUUCGCUAUCUUGUAUGAUCAACAAAUCCUCCUCAUGGUCCCGUUUAUUAAGGAUAGUCAGCUACUGCCUUCGCUUCGUUCAUCGUCUUCGUGAGAGGAAUCGACUUUCACCAUUCCUAUCGGCGUGGGAGCUACAAUAUGCACGAGCUAAGAUUUUUGCGCACGCUCAAGAGGAGUUCUUCAACGUGGAGUACAAGCAGUUAACUACCGGACAGCCAUUGUCGAAGAAAUCGAAGUUGAUCCGCUACACACCCUUUUUAGACGAGCAGAGAGUAAUGCGUGUUGGUGGUCGCAUCGAUAAUUCUAUAGCUACUUAUGACGCAAAGCAUCCCAUUCUCCUUCCUAAGGAAUCUCCAAUAGCUGGUCUGCUAGUUCGCUAUCAACAUGCUGCAUUGUUACACGCUGGAGUCGAAUACACGUUUCAUAGUCUACGCCAAAGGUAUUGGAUUCUAGGAGCUCGGAACCUCGUCCGCAAAACUGUAUUCAAUUGCAGAACUUGCUUUCUGCAGCGAAGACACACGAGUUCUCAACUUAUGGCUGAUUUACCGGAGUUUCGAGUUCAACCCGCCCGUUGUUUUCUGCACACUGGAUUGGAUUAUGCUGGACCUGUGUCAAUCAAAACAUCGACAGGCCGGACACCAAGAUUUGGCAAAGCUUGGUUUGCGAUCUUUGUCUGCCUAUCUACAAAAGCGAUUCACAUAGAAUUGGUCAGCGAUUUGACGACAUCCGCCUUUAUAGCCGCUUUCAAACGCUUUUGGUCUCGACGUGGACCUAUAUCGGAUUUAUACUCGGACAAUGGAACGACUUUCCAUGGAGCCAAAAGAGAUUUAGCUGAAAUGCAACGAAUGGCAAUAGCUCAAAGUCAAGAUGAAGAAAUUUCAAGCUUCAUGGCCAGCCACGAGAUUAAUUGGCAUUUCAUUCCGCCAUCUGCUCCCCAUUUCGGAGGCAUUUGGGAGACUGGUGUGAGAUCCAUAAAGCUGCACUUAAAACGAGUCAUUGGCAGCAGUGCCUUGACAUUCGAGGAGUAUUCGACCCUGUUAAUUCAGAUUGAAGGGCUUCUGAACUCUCGCCCUUUAUGCGCACCUAGCGAUCACAGUCUUAACCCGCUAACUCCUUCUCAUUUUCUAACAGGUCAGCCUCUCACUUCGGUACCAGAACCAUCUUUCCUGGAUGUAAAUAUCAACAGACUGCAGCGCUGGAGACAACUACAGGCCAAGGUUCAAGGUUUCUGGAAACGUUGGAAUCUCGAGUAUCUCAGCACGCUUCAACCUCGUACGAAAUGGCAUCAAGAUGCUCCAAAUGUUGCCGUGGACACACUGGUUGUGCUGAAGGAGCCCAAUCAACCGCCAAGCAAGUGGAUGCUAGGACGAGUCACCGAAGUUCAUCCUGGCCAGGAUCAGAGGGUUCGGGUGGUCACCGUUAAAACCGCCAAGGGAAUCUACAAGCGCCCUAUUACGAAAAUUGCUGUGCUUCCUUUGAACUGA